GAAGUGUACGAGUGAUAGAUAUGUGACAUUUUAUUAUCUCUUUCUUCCUUCGUUUCAUCCUUGUUAAUAUUCGCCCAUACAAAGAGCAACAAAGACCCAUAAGCAAGGCAAGGUGAUCAGGAUCGAUAACUCCAUUCAAAAGAAAUGUACGGAAGCCCACAGAAUUAUCUUCUCAUUACACGCCUAAUUUCAGGGUAAUAUUAAGUGCUCGGACACAACUUUGAAGACAGAACACAUUCGGAAUCGGCGCAUAAAUUCACGCGGCACGUUAGCUUACAGAUGACAAGUUUAAUUACUCGUGUAACUUCUAAAUUAUCAAUGGCAGAGCUCGACACAUGCCUCGACUCCUGGAAAUAAACUGUUUCCUUUAGUGUUGUAUUAGAAUUCUAGAAACGCUACUGUGACUUAUUGUAAGGCGUCUUUUCUUUUUAGUUAGUUUAACGCAACUGUGUCUGUGAGGCGUCUUUCUUUCUAGUUAGUUAAACCCAGCUGUGAGUGUAUGUGAGGCGUCUUUCUUUUUAGUUAGUUAAGCGCAGCAGAGAGUUACUGUGAGGCGUCUUUCUUUUUAGUUAGCUAAACGCAACCGUGAGUUAUUGUGAGGCGUCUUUCUUUAGAGUGAUGUGGAUGUUUUCAAGCUAAAUUUGGUAAUGAUAUGCGAUCGGUCACGUGAUUUCCUCGGAUACUCAUCAGUUCUAAAGGGACAUUUUUUCGGCUAAAUGUCUAUGAUAGAUUUAUUUCUCCUAAGCAAUGGAUGGAUUCAAACUAUUCUGGAUAACUAGCAUGAAUCCACGGGUGGAGUAUUUCCUGAUAUGAAAAAAAAAAUCAAUAAUUGUAUUGUGUUACCGAUGUUAUAUAAACUGUCUAGUGUUGCUAAUUCCCACGGACAUGAAUAUAAGAUUUUAAAAAGAACACAGACCAUCUAGAUGUCUCUAUGAGCUUACGUUGGAAAGAGUUAAGCUCAAAUCUAUUUAGUCACACUGGUAACGUUGUGGAAUUCAAUUCAUAGAUGGCACCACUUGAUCUGGAGCUCUGUGGAUUAGAUUCAGCUGGACAGUAGCCGGAGCCUCAGCGUCUUGGAGUAUGUGAACUAACAAUGGCUGUGCUAUUCAUGGGCGUGUUUAUCAUGGAGGCUACCUGUUCAGGUUACACUGCUACUGUGGAUGAUGUGGCAAAGCUUCACUCUGAUCUCUUCUCCAAUUAUAAACGAGUUAUCCCGCCUGUCUACCAGCAGAACCAUGCAGUUCAAGUUCGAUUGUCUCUCUUUCUUUUAAUGAUACAUGAUUUGGACAUGAAGAAUCAGGUGUUGACCACUAGUGGUUGGUUAAAUGUUAACUGGGAGGAUGAGUUCCUACGGUGGAACAAAAGUGACUACGGUGGAUUGGAAGAAAUCAUCGUCAGUCAGAGUGCUGUUUGGUUGCCAGAUAUUUUGGUGGAAAACACAGCUCAGAAUUUCGCAGAGAUCGGUAGUGAGUCCAGUCUGGUCAGUGUCAAGGACAACGGUCACAUCUCUUGGGAGCCUGGUAUUCUGACAAAGACAAUCUGUGAGGUCAACAUUGGGAAAUACCCUUUCGACUACCAGAAGUGUGAGAUUAAGUUCUUGACCUGGAUGCACACCAAUAAGACUUUGGAUGUCCAGCCAGGGUCUGACUUUGUUAGUCUCGACGCCACCAUCUCUAAUGGAGAGUGGGACAUCAAGUCAGCUAUAGCUAGACCCUACUUCUAUCCCUCUACUUACAAGAUAGGAACUGCUCACACUGGGGUGAAGUUUAUCAUUGAGCUCAUGAGGAAAAGAACAUUCUACGUGCUCAACACCAUCAUCCCAGUGGUCAUGCUGUCCCUCCUCAACGUCCUGGUGUUCCUGCUGCCCGCCAGCUCCGGGGAGAAGAUGGCCCUGGCUGUGACGGUCCUGCUCUCCUUCACAGUCUACCUCAGCAUCAUCAGUGAGGUCAUGCCAAAAACAUCGGAGAGUAUAUCUAUUCUGGCCGUAUAUUUAACAACACUUUUGUCUCUCAGCACUAUGUCCGUGUUGUCAUCAGGAGUCGUUAUGAAUAUGAUCCAUCAAGACUCAGACAAGCCGGUGCCGACAUUUCUGAGGUGUCUCGUCUGCUGCCGCUUAAGGCAAAUACGAAGACAAAUGAAAAAAGGGAAGAUCCGCCGGCGGAUGGCCAGCUUCAGGGUUGGUGGGAGAGGAGGGGACGUCCGGGGAUUCAGCAGCCACCACAACGACGCUUACUCGGACACCAGCCACGUCUGGAGCAACGGGGAGGGGGGCAGCAAGAAAAGGGGCGUCUACGACAACGAAGGAAUGCAAAUGUUCACCGCAAAUUACUCCAGGGGCGGCCAUCAGAACAGUGCCGUGGGGGAGACCAAGAUUGAUGACAGAAGUGUGGAGGACGAGACGGCGGUGAGGGGUGCUGAACACGUCUCGCUGUUUGAGCACAAAGCAGAGGAGAACUUUGAUGACUGGUCGUACAUCACGUGGGUGGACGUGGGCAGUGCCGUGGACACUUUACUUUUCUGGACAUUCCUGGGCAUUACUGUCAUGUCCACUACCAUUGUCUUGGUACUUUUCUCUUUUCAGUAGCAGCUGACACCUUGUAAAUAGAGUUGAACUAUGUCUCUUUCUCAGUGAGAGAAAGUACUUAAGACUUCGUCUGAGACCGAGCGAAAUAUUAUGCAAAAGAUACAUUUACAACUAAACAAAAGUUUCAAAGGAGAUGUGAGGUGUCCAACUAGAGACCUAUUUUUUUAAAUAACUUUCAUAUAGCCCAUCUUUCACGAUUAUAGCAAGCUCAGUGCGCUGGGGUCCAAUCUCUUUUGUGGACCAGUGGGAAGAACGGGUAUUAAGGCCCUCAGCUAACACAACUUUUCUCGAGUUGGGACUCGAACCCAUUUGUUAGGUGGCCAAGCCGUAGCCAAGCACUUUUUUAACUCAGCCACAGUUCAACAAUUAGCGAUGAUUGGAUAGUACCACUCUGUUAUAAAAAUAAUUACUUCUAGACAUUUAUCGUAUACAUUUUUAUUCCAAAUAAAUAUACUGUAUGGAACUAUGGAACUAUCAUAUCACAUAUGUUAAUCCAAUGACUUGCACUUUCAUUACUAUUUAUGUAAUAAGUAUAUUAAUUAAUUAUUAAAUUUUUGUUUAACAGUAUAUUUGUAAAAAUUAAGAUCUGUAAAAAAAAAUACUUAAGCUACUUAAUAAUGUGAUUGGCCAGUUUGACUUUGUAAAUGCUUUCUGUAUUAACUUUAUUUUGAUGUGUUUUCUUUUUAGUUGUGCUUUUAUAAACUUUGACUUAUUGUUAUUGUUCACUCUGUUAGUAAUUUGUAUCAUGUUAUUGAAAUGAUUGUGAAUGCUUCAUUCAAACAUCGAAAUGUCACACCUAACUUGUAGAUUUAGUUUUAAUAUGCUGAGAAUUUCAAAUAAAUACAGAAUAGCCAUAUUCAUUGCAGCCUGUAGCCUCGGAAAAUAAUCCACUGUAAGUCAAAGUUGAAUAUGUUAUCGAUAGUAAAUAUGUGUGUUAUAAUAGUAUGUCUGUGCUCAACAUAUUUCGCUAGAACAAUAAUGUGAUGGCAUUGAUUGAAAUUGAAUUGUAGUUUAGUCUGUCUGGAUUUAAACGUGUUGUUGAUUCCUUCCAGGAGGAGUGCCAUGGUUAGAGUGCUGAUCAGCACACUAAUACACUAAUACACUAAUACAGCACACUAAUACACUAAUACAGCACAUUUAUACAGCACACUAAUACAGUGCACUAAUACAGCACACUAAUACACUAAUACAGCACACUAGUACAGCACACUAAUACACUACACUAAUACAGCACACUAAUACAGUGCACUAAUACAGCACACUAAUACACUUAUACAGCACACUAAUACACUUAUACAGCACACUUAUACAGCACACUAAUACAGCACACAUAUACAGCACACUAAUACAGCACACUAAUACACUACACUAAUACACUACACUAAUACAGCACACUAAUACAGCACACUUAUACAGCACACUAAUACAGCACACAUAUACAGCACACUAAUACAGAACACUAAUACACUACACUAAUACACUACACUAAUACAGCACACUUAUACAGCACACUAAUACAGCACACUUAUACAGCACAUUAAUACAGCACACUAAUACAGGAGGUGAAAAGGAUUUUGUAUUGACAAAUUUCACUACUUCAUAUCUUAAGUUGUAAGAAGACAAAAAAAAAGUUGAAUCACGUGAGAAUACAGAAAUCUUAUCUAUAAAUAGAUAUUUUUUUAAUUGCAUUGAACGUGUAUGUCUCCAUUAAGGAAUCAAAAACCUUAAUGUCCAUGCUAUGUAUUUGUUUCGUUUUAUUGGCUUGUUCUAUUUUCUAUUACAUAUUUUUUAAAAUACUUUAUCACUUCUGCUGACUUAGGCCUACUGUCUAAUUCAAGUAGUAUUGGUUUGUUCUUCUAUUUUUUAAUGCUUUUUUUUUCCUCCUUCAGUAGUAAAAUAAGGGCGUGAUGGCCGAGUAAAGCGCUAGGCUUCCGAGAGCCGAGGAGUCUCAAGUUACAAUCCUAGUGAAGACUGGAAUUUCGAACUUGGGAUUUUUUGGACGCCCUUGAGGGCCUAAGUCCACCCAACCCUAAUGGAUACCUGACUUACGUUGGGAAAUAAAAGGCGAUUGGUCGUUGUGCUGGCCAUAUGAAACCCUUGUUACCCUAAUGGAUACCUGACUUACGUUGGGAAAUAAAAGGCGACUGGUCGUUGUGCUGGUCAUAUGACACCCUUGUUACCCUAAUGGAUACCUGACUUACGUUGGGAAAUAAAAAGGCGAUUGGUCGUUGUGCUGGCCAUAUGACACCCUUGUUACCAGUCAGCCAUAGCAUUAGAUGAGCUUUACAUUAUCUGCCUCCAUAGAUCGCAAGGUCUGAAAGGGGCACUUUUCAUUAUUUUCAAUUUCCCUUGUAAAACAACUGUUUCUUUGGCGCUCUAUUUCCGUAAGACUUUUUAUUAGAGGUAAAGGACUCUAUCCAGAUGAGGCUCAUUCUCAUCAAACGAAUCUUAUUAGAGACAGUCUUGUACUCGAGUCUAACUAGAUACCUUCAUGUCAAAAAUACUUUGUUGCCAAUUAACAUUGAUGCUAUGAUGAUGAUGUGUGAUGAGAUGAUGUCUAGGUGUCUAGCUACAUGAAAAAAAAAGUAAAAUUGUAAAGACCCAA